AUGUCGCCAUUAGAGCAGCAACAGCAACAGGCAUACGAAAGAUCGUCGUUUUCGUCGUUCGAGUUACCACAAAACCAACAGUUUCGCGAGUCGUCGCCGUCGCCGACGUUCUCGGCGGCAUUCGAGUCGAACCAUGACGAGUUAACGUCUAGAUUCGGGUCCGACUUAAAACCGACAGCAGCAGCUGCGUCGACCGAAAAGGCCGAAGCGCGUGAGACAACGGCAGCAGCAGCGCGAGAGCCGCCGUCAUGUGCGGCGACGGUGGGCAUUUGGUCGAUGAACGUGGUGGGAUCGGUGGGGAUUAUCAUGGUGAACAAGCAAGUCAUGUCCGGAUACGGCUUUGUAUUCGUAUCCACCCUAACGGGAAUGCACUUCGCGCUAACAGCCCUAACGGGGGUCGCAUCAGCCUGCGCGGGGCUGGUCCCCAGGCAGCUCUCCGUGCCCUUCGGGGUGCUGCUGGGCUUCGCUCUGCUGGGCAACGCCAGCCUCGUCGCCACCAACCUCUCGCUACUUCUCAACUCCGUCGGGUUUUACCAGAUCUCCAAGGUCAGCAUCAUCCCGACAGUCUGUUUCUUCGAGGCAGUCUUCAAGGGUCGCACGUUCACCCCUUUCCACCCCUCUCAAUCUCCCCGGCCGAUCUCACCCGUAGAUCUCCAAGUCUUCAAGGGUCGCACCUUCACCCCGCGGGUGAAAGCAGCCGUCGCCGUCGUCAUGCUGGGCGUCGCCCUCUGCACUGUCUCGGAGAUCCAUGUCAACCCGCUGGGACUGGCAGUGGCCGCUUUUGCCGUGCUCUGCUCCGCGAUGCACAUGAUGCUGAUUGGUCUGCUACAAGAAAGAUACGCCAUUGGCUCGUUCGAUCUCCUCAGCCAAUCAGCACCUCUCCAGGCCUUCAUGCUGCUGCUCAUCGGUCCCUCCCUCGACCUCCUCCUCACCUCCCGUUCCCUCCUCGACUACCACUACCAGCCCUACGCCAUUGUCUUCAUAACUCUCUCCUGCUGCCUAGCCGUGGUCUGCAAUCUCAGCGCCUUCCUCUGCAUCGGGAAAUUCUCCGCCUCGACUUACCAGGUGUUAGGCCACAUGAAGACCGUGCUAGUGCUCGUGCUGGGAGUGCUCCUUUUUGACUCUGCUAUCUCCCUUAAAGCCAUCCUCGGUAUGUGUAUAGCAGUCACAGGAAUGGUCAUGUACGGCCAUGCUACUGCCGUGCAGGCGAGUGCUGCAGGAGCAAGGGGGGGAGGGGGAGGGGGGGACAAGAAGGGCGGAGGAGGGGGGGGCGCAUCUUGCACAGGGGAGCAGAGAAUCCCACUCAAACCCCAUACAGGGCUCCAAAACCGGUCAGGUGACUGGAUUGACGUCCCAAAAGUUUUCUCAAGAAGUCCCGUCGAUCGGCCUUGUGGUGUUACCGCAUCCAGAGCGGUUACCGGAUUCGAGAAUACACCACCCACGAAUGCAGGAGCUGAUGCUCGCAACGGCAUGGAAGGGGGAGGCCGGGAGGAGCUUGCAGAGAGAAUCGUCCAGCUUCUCUGA